CAAUAAAUUAUAAAUGCCAGCGCCAAAAUUCCCAUUACCAAAUAAUUUGAAACUAUAGGUGAAAUUUUCUAAGUUUCAGGUCCGGAUCACCGAUGAUCGGAAUGGGGAGGCAAACGGCGGCGGCGCUGGUGGUGCUGUGGCUGUUUACGGCGGCGGCGUCGGCGGAAGGGGAUUACAUGAAAUACAAAGAUCCAAAACAGCCACUGAAAGUGAGAGUCAAAGACUUGAUGAAAAGAAUGACUCUCGAAGAAAAAAUUGGGCAGAUGACUCAGAUUGAGCGUGAGGUUGCUUCUCCAGAUAUCAUGAAGAAAUACUUCAUCGGUAGCAUUGUGAGUGGUGGAGGGAGUGUUCCAGCUCCGAGAGCUUCACCAGAGGAAUGGGUCAAUAUGGUAAACGGGUUCCAAAACGGGUCACUUUCGACCCGUUUAGGAAUACCCAUGAUUUACGGUAUCGACGCCAUUCAUGGUCAUAAUAACGUUUACAACGCCACCAUUUUCCCUCACAAUGUUGGCCUUGGAGUUACAAGGGAUCCAGAAGUUGUGAAGAAGAUAGGUUCUGCAACAGCUCUUGAAGUAAGAGCAACCGGAAUUUCUUACACUUUUGCUCCGUGUGUAGCGGUUUGCAGAGAUCCUAGAUGGGGCCGGUGUUUCGAAAGCUACAGCGAAGAUCACACAAUAGUUCAAUCAUUGACCGAGAUAAUUCCUGGUCUACAAGGCGAUAUUCCGUCCGAUUAUCCGAAAAAAUUCCCGUUUGUGAAUCCAGGGGAGAAAAAGGUUGCGGCUUGUGCGAAGCAUUUUGUGGGAGAUGGAGGCACAACUAACGGGAUUAACGAAAAUAACACCGUUAUAGAUUGGAAUGGAAUGCUAAGUAUUCAUAUGCCUGCGUAUCUCGACUCGAUUAGUAAAGGUGUUUCGACUGUUAUGAUUUCGUAUUCGAGCUGGAACGGAGUGAAGAUGCAUGCCAAUUAUGAUCUCAUUACCGGAUAUUUAAAGAACACACUCAAAUUCAAAGGCUUUGUUAUAUCGGAUAUGAGGGGGAUCGAUCGACUAAGCACCCCCGAACGUGCAAACUAUACUUACUGUGUUCAAGUUGGUAUUCAUGCUGGGAUUGAUAUGGUAAUGGUUCCAGAUGAGUAUGUGGAGUUCAUAGAUGACCUGACAUUGUUAGUGAAGAAGAAAGUGAUUCCAAUGAGCAGAAUAAAUGAUGCUAGCUGUAUUGUAUUGUAUCUUCGAUUUUUUUUAAUGGGUUCGGAGAAAAUGAGGAUGUUUCCGAUGUUCAUGGUGGUGGUACUAUGUUUGUGGGGUGUCUCAACAGAAGCAGAGUACUUGAAAUACAAAGACCCAAAGCAGCCAUUGAAUUCAAGAAUCAAAGAUUUAAUGGGGAGAAUGACUCUUGAAGAAAAAAUCGGACAAAUGACUCAGAUCGAGAGAAAGAUCGCCACCCCUGAUGUAAUGAAGAACUAUUUCAUCGGGAGUGUGUUGAGUGGGGGAGGAAGUGUACCGGGUCCGAAAGCUUCUGCUGAAGAGUGGGUGAAUAUGGUAAACGGUAUCCAAACGGGUUCUCUUUCGACCCGUUUAGGUAUUCCUAUGAUUUAUGGGAUUGAUGCUGUUCAUGGCCACAACAAUGUCUAUAAAGCUACAAUCUUUCCUCACAACGUUGGCCUUGGUGUCACAAGAGAUCCGGAACUUUUGAAGAGGAUCGGAGCAGCUACAGCACUCGAAGUUAGAGCCACCGGAAUUCCAUACGCUUUCGCACCUUGUAUCGCUGUAUGCCGUGAUCCGAGGUGGGGCAGAUGUUACGAAAGCUACAGCGAAGAUCACAAAAUUGUUCAAUUAAUGACCGAUAUAAUUCCUGGUUUACAGGGUGAUCUCCCAACUAACUCCCGAAAGGGUGUCCCUUUCGUUUCCGGAAAGACAAAAGUGGCAGCUUGCGCGAAACAUUUUGUGGGAGAUGGAGGCACAGUCGGUGGUGUAGACGAAAGCAAUACCGUGAUAGAUUACGAUAAGUUGCUUAAAAUUCACAUGCCGGCAUAUUUCGACUCGAUUAAAAAGGGUGUCGCCACGGUUAUGGUAUCUUACUCUAGCUGGAAUGGCAAGAAGAUGCACGCUAAUCAUGAUCUAGUCACCGGAUUCUUGAAAAACAAACUUAAAUUCAGGGGCUUCGUCAUAUCGGAUUGGCAGGGUAUUGAUAGGAUCACAAAUCCACCCCAUAUGAAUUACUCUUAUUCGGUUCAAGCAGGAAUUCUUGCAGGGAUUGACAUGAUUAUGGUUCCCGAGAAUUUUGGAGAGUUCAUUGACGAACUGAAGCUCCAAGUGAAAAAUAAUGUGAUACCCAUGAGUCGAAUUGAUGAUGCUGUUAGAAGGAUUCUAAGGGUCAAAUUUGUUAUGGGACUAUUCGAAAAUCCUAUAGCUGAUCUUAGCCUAUCCGACAAACUCGGCAGCCAGGAACAUAGGGAGUUGGCAAGAGAAGCUGCAAGAAAAUCGCUUGUACUGUUGAAAAACGGGAAACAUGGUAGUAAGCCGUUGCUUCCACUUCCGAAGAAAACGUCGAAGAUAUUAGUUGCGGGAACCCAUGCCGAUAAUUUGGGGUACCAAUGUGGCGGAUGGACAAUUGAAUGGCAAGGUGUUCAAGGCAACGAUCUUACUGCUGGUAAGUGUUGCAUUAAUUUUCGAAUCCCAGAAUAUAUCAUCCUCUUCGUCUACACAAUGCCAACCGAUCCAGAGAGUUGCCUUUUUUAUAUAUGUGUUCCAGUCUCCAGUUAUACUGAUUGA